CUUUUCACCGACUUAUUCGCAGAAAAGUCAAGCAGAAUGAGUGUCAGCAAAAUAGAGUAUCGACUGAGCUUCGUCGAGCUGCGUGGAAAGGAAGCAAGAGAUCUGCUUUCUGAAACUGAGAACAAGAUCUGGAUAAACGACCGGGACCCGUUUAAGGUUUACGCGAUGGCAACAAGAAUGACUGGACAAAAUCUAAUUCACAGUCAUUGUAGGAUAUCUUGAUGGUCAGCGUGAAUACCGAGGAAGAAGCUUUGAGGAAGAUUUUCGAAGGAGAGGUCAGAAGAUCGGUCGUGAAAGGAUCGACGUAUUUAACCUCGCAUUUGGCUACCGCUGUGAUCACUGUUCACGCGACCAACAUUAGUCUAAUUACAUCGUGGGGCAUCGUAACGACAGCCAAAGUAAUCUUGUAUCGAAAUUCGCAUCUUGCUUUCCUAGUCAACGAUAAGCUUUUACAAAAUGGUCCUAGAUUCACAUCGUUGAGAUGGCUGGUAUAGAGUCACUGGGACGAAGUAAAUGUUGGAAGGUGGCGUCGGAUAUUGGCACUGCAAAUUUAAUGAAAAGCCAGCUGGAACAAUUUUUCUCGUACCUCGGGGGAACGAGGCCAAUUUCUUACGGCGCAAUGCCUUCCAGUAAUUUAUUGAAGAUCUUGGGAAAUGCCUUUUCAGUUUCAUCCGUGAUUCGGUAAUUGGAAGAAAAACAGUAGUACUUCGAGUGCUCGUUCACGUCAUUUCAAAUCUUGGGAAUACAGUAAUGCACAGUUACUGUGUUUGCUAUAUCCAACAAUUUGUUAAGUUGCUCUCGAACCACGAGCAACUUUCGAGGUACUACUGUAUUCGUGAACUGUAGACUACUUGUACGUGUAACUUGUGUUUACAAUAGGUAAGUAGUUAAAUCUAUCGAUAGUUUCGUAUCCCACGUUCGAAUCACGAAGGAGGAUCUCAACAUCACACUGUCGACAUUACGGUUCACUUCAAGCAUUGUGGGGUUAAAGCCAGUUAAGAUCAAGGAAGACGUUAAAUAUAGACCGGAUCAUAUAGAACGGAUACUUCAGGAUGAGGUCGACUCUUUGAAGAAGGAACUGAUGAUAAAUGAUCUGUUCCUACGCCAGGAGGCCUCGAUGAAUAUUUCUAAGUCGCGAAUGGAACAGAUCAAUCGAAGCAUUGUGAAUUUUCUUAAUGGGACGAUCUCUGAUUUUACGCUGUUCAGUGUGUCUCAAGCCACGGUGCUGCUGAAGAGUAUCAAGGAUUUAUAUAACAGGUUCCAUUAUUCUUGUUACGUAUAAUAUAAUUUAAAGGCCGAUGUUCUGACGAGUGGAUACAUUAGGUUAAGCGCCAAAGAGCUUGAAGUUGAGAAGUUGCGGGAAACCUACGAAAAUGUCGCGAAAAAUAUGGCGCAAGCCGGUUUGUCGACAAAAUCGAAGGAAUCCGUAUUAUCCACCAACGGUCAGUACCAUAGCCGGAAGAGAACUAGAAGUUCGUUAGAGCCCGUGCUCGAGAUUAAACAAAUUUCUAACGAAAUAGACAGAGAGAAAGUUGGAAAUCUAAAGAAAAUCGCAGUAGGAAUGACUUUUGGACCAUAUAUAAAAGAAGAAGAAAACGAAGGGGUGGAAGAAGAAGAAGAAGCAUCAAAGAACCAAAAAUAUCCAGUAGUAUCCGAGCAAAUCUUGAAAAUUGAUAGCCAGAAUAUCUCAAUGGUUCGACAAUUCUUCGAGCGUUUCCUAAAGGAAAACAAAAACUACAGUAGAAUCAAGGAGAAAUUGGAUAAAAGUGGAAAGUCUCUCGUUAUUGUUCGCCAGAAAUUUGCGUGCAUGAUCGAUAAUUACUUCCAAGCGAAGAGAAAUUUGGAGAACGUACGCGAUAAACUUGUCAGACAACAACAGCUUCGAUUGGCCAUGGAAAAUGGCGACAGUGUAGGAAGCGAUGUUCCGGAAGUCGAACAAAUCAUUGGCCGUGAUAUAGCAUGCCAGGAGAAAGUCCUAAUGAACUCGAACAAAGAACUUACACAGACGCAAAACGAAAUUAGCAAUUUAUUGAAGGAUCAGCUUGAGAUGCGGUCAAAAUUGAAAUCCGGCUUCCACGAGUACUGCGUAACGCUAGAAUUUUUACCGCUGUACAACGAUAAGUCGAUGCAAAUGUUGUUAGAGCCAGUUGAGAAGGAGUCCUUAGAAAAAAUUAGACGCAAAUUUAAUCAAUUUCAACGAGCAAUGAUGCGCAAGUUCGAGGAAAAAAGUAGAACGAAGAAGGUGCAAUUCGACGGCGAAUGGGCAUGUAAGGGUGCUAACUACAAUCACUGA